GUGCUAUCUAGUAGAAAUUCAACUUACUGUUUUGAGACAUAACCUAUUGACUACUGUUAGUGGUUGAAUUUUAUUUUUGAUUAAAACUUCAGUAAUAGAAAUUGUCAAAUCAUGCAGCAUUAUUAAUGGCAAGUUUUUAAUUUCGUCUUCAUAAGAAAUUAAAGUGCGUAAUUGUUAUUACGAUCACUUGCGUCCGGAGAAAUGUAUGAGCAACCCAUGAUAUCGCAUGUAUUCCCCAUAAAAUUUAAAUAAGCUCUCAAAAUAGUUUAUGAAAUUUGACAUAAGUGACGUCUCCAAGUUAGUUUCUACUUUUGUUUGUGAAUGAAAGGAAGUGAAGUGUGGUAGAACUGUCAGAAUUUGUUCACUACUAGAGAAAAGAUUUGUUGUAGUAAGUCCUCCUUUAAUUAGUGGUAAGUCACUUCGCAAUGCGCAGUUAUUUAGUAGCCCUUAAGUUAAUUUGACGAAAAAGUAAUGGAAAAUGAUUUGCCUUCUUAAUAUUAUGUGAAACUAUCGAGACAACUGAAACAGGAAAGGUGAUGUGAACACAUUGCUCCACUUCACUAAAUUAGGCCAUCAAUUAAAUUUGCCCUGAGUGUUUUAAUUCAAAAUCUGCAUACGUGCCGACAACGUUUUUCGAUUUGUCCACUUCGUUCCGUUCCCUAAUGACAACGAUCGGCAAUUGUUCUCAGGGAUCGUGAAGUUGUUCUACAGUGCUUCUAUCCUGCGUUUAUUUUACCAACUAAAUAAUCGACGUCGGGACGUCAAAGAUGGCCGUUUGUAAUGUAUAGUGCGGGGAUUGACAUAAAAUUGCUAGUGAAACUAAUCGAAGACCAUAUGGAUAGUUAAUACAGGAAAUAAUGGGACCUGUGGACUGUAUGAAAUGUAGAUGUGUAGUAUGAGUGAGUAUAUUCUUAUGGAUGUGAACUGAGAAGCAAUUGUGUGUCUCGGCGUGCUGUGCCUGGGGCCGACAGGGGUAUGGUCCCAAGUCAUGGGCGCUCAGCAAGCCAAGGAACGCGUAGUAUCUGCUGGAUCUCUGACUGUUAGGAAUACGAUAAGAAACAGACCAAGACUUCCCAGAGAUGUCCGUCAACAAGGGUCCAAUAUUUUCACAGAACACAGUGAGGCGCUGCUGCAGUCUCGGCCACUGCCGCACAUCCCCGACCUACCCGACUCGGAGCCGCCGGGCAGCUCGGGCGGCGGCUCGCAGCAGGGGUCGGGCGCGGGGGGCGGCGCGGGCGGCGGCGUCGGGGCCGGCGGGGGCGGUGCGCCCGGCACCCCGCUGCCGCUCGACUCGGCGCAGCGCUGGACCUCGAAGGAGAACCUGCUGGCCCAGGAGGAGGACGACCCGCAGCUGUUCGUAGCACUCUACGACUUCCAGGCGGGCGGCGAGAACCAGCUGUCGCUCAAGAAAGGAGAACAGGUGCGCAUCCUCAGCUACAAUAAAAGUGGUGAAUGGUGUGAAGCACACUCUGAUGCUGGUGCUGUUGGUUGGGUACCUUCUAAUUACGUGACUCCUGUCAAUUCUUUGGAAAAGCAUUCUUGGUAUCAUGGGCCCAUUUCCCGUAAUGCAGCAGAAUAUCUGCUUAGCUCAGGCAUCAAUGGAUCAUUCCUUGUGCGUGAAUCGGAGAGCAGUCCAGGACAGAGGUCUAUCUCAUUGCGAUAUGAAGGCAGAGUGUACCACUACCGCAUCAAUGAAGAUUCUGAAGGAAAGGUGUAUGUGACAACAGAAAGCAAGUUUAACACACUCGCUGAAUUGGUGCAUCAUCACUCGAUGCAUUCAGAUGGCCUCAUUACUCAGUUGCUGUAUCCCGCACCAAAACAUAACAAGCCUACUGUGUUUGCUCUUAGUCCUGAGCCUGACGAAUGGGAGAUUAACCGAACAGACAUUGUUAUGCGCCACAAGCUUGGUGGUGGUCAGUAUGGUGAUGUUUAUGAAGCUGUAUGGAAGCGAUACAAUAUGACUGUUGCAGUGAAAACUCUAAAAGAAGAUACAAUGGCUCUCAAGGAUUUCCUGGAGGAAGCUGCCAUUAUGAAGGAAAUGAAACAUCCCAACUUGGUGCAGCUGCUAGGUGUCUGUACCCGUGAGCCACCCUUUUAUAUUAUUACUGAAUUCAUGAGUAAGGGUAACCUUUUGGAUUAUUUAAGAAAUGGCAGUAAAGAACACAUCACAGCUGUUGUUCUGAUGUACAUCGCAACACAAAUUGCAAGUGGCAUGAGCUAUUUGGAGAGUCGUAAUUUCAUUCAUCGUGAUCUGGCAGCUCGUAAUUGCCUUGUAGGAGAGAACCAUUUAGUUAAAGUGGCUGAUUUUGGAUUAGCACGAUUAAUGCGUGAUGAUACAUACACUGCCCAUGCUGGAGCAAAAUUUCCAAUCAAGUGGACAGCCCCAGAAGGUUUAGCUUACAACAAAUUCUCCACAAAGUCGGAUGUGUGGGCGUUUGGUAUUUUGCUAUGGGAAAUAGCUACAUAUGGCAUGUCCCCUUAUCCAGGGGUUGAUUUGACUGAUGUGUAUCACAUGUUGGAGAAAGGCUACAGAAUGAGAUUCUGCGAUCCACCAUGCUUAUCGGACCAGCGCAAGUUAGAGCGCAGGGUGACGUCUCAGUUUCUACAAGUGGUGACUCCGCGGAGCACAUUGCCUUGUACGCCGUUUCCUGCGAAGGUUCGCCUGACUCUGCUGAAGAUUGAGGAACGACUAACUGAAUCUGUGAAUAUUAGUAAAGUUCCUUAUGAUUCAAACCAUGUGUUUAAUAAAGAUAAUGAGGUGUUUUAUGAAACUUGGAUGGAAUGCCCACCUGGUUGUCCUCCUAAAAUUUAUGAUCUAAUGCGACAAUGCUGGCAAUGGAGCCCUGGAGAAAGACCUAGUUUUCAGGAAAUACAUCAUGCCUUGGAAAAUAUGUUUCAGGAAUCUAGCAUUACUGAAGAGGUGGAGAAGCAACUGCAGGGAAACGUGACUCCUCAGCUUUCGUACAAGAAGCCCCACGCCGGCAGCACCGGAAACAUCCACGGCCUGGUUGUCAUGUCCGACCAGAUUGUCACGACUGGCAUGGUUCAAGAUGCAGGUGGCGCAGUGAACAAGCUGAGCACAUUUACCGGUGGGCCGGCCCUGUCGUCCAAGAGCAGUCUAGUUCAGCUUCGCCGACCCACAAAUCGCAAGGGCAAACAGGCCCCUGCUCCUCCUAAGCGCACCAGUCUGCUCUCCUCUUGCAGCUCCUUCCGGGACAGUACGUGUGCUGACCACGAUGCAGCGCUGCUGGGCGAUGGCAGUCUGCAUGCGGAUGACAGUGGUGCCGUCGACUUAAAUGGUAUUGAUCAGAUAUUUGAAGGUAUCAGCUGCUUCUUUUCUCCUUGCUCGUUGCCUGCUGCCUGCCUGGCCUGCAUGAGCCGCUGCCCCGUGCCGCCGUGCUGCGUGUAGGCUUGGUGCUGGUGGAGCGUGCAUCAAAUUGUGAGACAGGCUAUAGGUGGACAAGGAACGGGUGUAGAUGGAUUAUUGAAGGAGUAGAUUAAUUAGUUAGCAAUUGCACAGGUGCUAUCUGCUGAGAAAAUAUAUAGAAUGAAAAUUUAUUCUGCAGUAUUCGAAAUAUGGAUACGAUAAUGUCACACAACACUCUUAUCACCUUCUCAAAAUGAGCAAAAUAUGUAAUAGUGAUGGGUUUCUUGCUUUUGAGUCAAAAUCAAAUGAUCUGAAUCAAAAAUUGAAAUGAGAAGAUUUUAAAAAGAGGUAAGGUAAAGAAUAUACACACG